AUGGAUGCAGAUCAGGUUGCCGGAUGGCUUGAGUUGGAAGAAAAACUCGCUAAGAUAAGGCAGCAGAUUGGGUCGAAGCUCGAGAAUCAGAAACAUGUCGCCAUCAUUCUGUCUGCUGUGGAGGAAAAUAUCGAUCAGUCGCAAGAAAAGGAGAUCUCUGAGAAUAUUGUCAAGUAUCUGGUGGCAUUGAUGUCUUUAUUGGACCAGGCGGUUGUAGCUGAGACGGGUGAGAUCGGUAAUUUACAGUUGGCUAUAUCUUCGUGCUAUCUGCUGGAUGUAAUCUUCCAGUAUGCUCCUAAAAUGCUGCUGCGAUCGAAAUUUGCAGAGAUACUGACUAAAGUGGCACCUUUUAUUACAGAUGCAGAGGCAGAAGCGCCUCUGGUUAGACCAGCUAUUGGCUGUUUGACCUCUUUACUGAUAGCCCAAGAUGCUCAGGCGUGGAAUAAUACGCAGGAUUUGAGUAUCACUCCGGAGAGAGGUUUACAAGGUCUUUUGGAGUUGUCAUUGGAUCCUAGACCUAAAGUCAGAAAGAGAGCCGUCGACGGAGUUAACACUAUAUUGCAGAAUCCCCCAGCAGCACCUACUGCUGGACAUGUAGCAUCGGUCCAAAUAGCGAUGUUCGCUGCAAAUCAUUUACGUGAAGCUCUGGAAGAGGCUUCUACCUUAUCGAAUAAGAAGAUGAAGGCACAGAACGGUGGUUCAGACGAUUUGAAUAGUAGGAUGAUCAGGAUUUUAAGGCUGAUCAACGCCAUUGUUUCCACCGGUGAAUGGCCUAGUCAACAGAUCGAAGGUCUAUGCGAUUUGCUGCUUGCAGUGACCAAAAGUUCAGACCAAUACUUGGUGACAGCGGCCUUCGACUGUUUCGAAAAGUUGUUUAAAGUUAUUUCUGAAUUGAGCGCUAACUCCAAUCUGGCCGAGGAUAAACAGGUCAGGUUGUUAGAUGUCAUCUUCGCAUUGACUCCAUCAAACAGCGACGUCAACGUUGUUGGGUCAUGGAUUGCUGUGCUGGUUAAAGGUCUCUCAGCGUACGCCACACAUCAACCUUUACAGUGUCUGACCAGAAUCCCAGGUGUUUUCAAGCUCAUGUCACAGUACCUCGCCAGUGAGACACCUGAAGUUUAUUACAGUGCAUCACAAUGUCUUGUGGCUAUCCUAGCGGAUGCUGUCAAGGAUGAAGUUCUUUUAUAUCCUCCCGCCGUAGAUGAGACGACUUUCGAGACUGUCGACCAGGUUUUAGCUGACAUCUCAGAGUCUCUGGUAGAGCUAUUAUCGGUGAGAUACAGCCAUUGCGCGAAGGAGGUGUUAACCGUUUUGGCUUCAGCAAUCGCCAAGUUCAGGUAUAGAUCCAAUCCUGAUUUCAUCAAGCCACUAGAGAUUGUUGGGGAAUGGAGAACCAACGAGGAAAGCUACCUCGAAUUUAGGUCCGAAGCUGAAGGUGUAAUUGGUGCAGCUAUCUCCGCCAUGGGACCUGAUACUGUGCUGUCAGCUUUGCCGUUAAACCUUGAACAGCCAUCCGAUAACAAGCCGGGUAGAGCAUGGCUUCUACCUCUUAUCAGAGAUUAUACGAGGAAUACUGAGAUGAGUACUUUCACUAAGCAAUUAAUCCCAGUGAUUCAAGCAUUCGAGGCUAGAUGUGGAACGCUCUCGAAAGAGUCCGUUCAAUUGAAAAUUUUUCAGACUGUCAUCGAUCAACUGUGGUCUACUUUGCCUCAUUUCUGCGAGUUACCAACCGAUUUGGAGACCUCCUUCACAGAUGAACUAGCAACCGAACUUUCUUCUCUAUUAUAUCAAAAGGUGGAGCUAAGAACUACAAUUUGUCAUGCUUUCAGAGUUCUCGUUGAAAGCAAUUUGGCUUACAUCAAUGGGGCCCUUGCUGACGAUAUCUUGUUACAGCAACACUUCUCCGUUGCUAGAGCUCAAGAGACUCUAACUUACUUGAAGGGUAAGGCCGCCAACUUGCUAGCUGUCUUGUUCAAUGUCUACACUCAAACGGCACCCAACGCAAGAGGUUAUAUUUUGGAGACCAUCGAGGCAUACUUAAAGAUUGCAUCCGCCGAGGACCUCGAGAAAACAUUCAAUAACGUUUGUGCUCUGUUGAAAAAUGCUAUGGAAGAAGAAACAGACAAAUCUACUAAAGGAAAACCUCAAUUGAGUGCGACUCUGCUUGACCUGGUUGUUUGCAUGUCGAAAUACUUGCCAACCUCUUCCUACCCUGCAUUAUUCUCAAUCUUUGGCAUAACUGUGAGCUCCAAAGAUGCCUUGACCCAAAAGAGGGCUUAUAGAAUCAUCAUAAGACUUUCGGAGCCAGACACAGGUGUCGAGGCACUCUCUAGCUAUGUGGCCGAUAUUGAGAAAAUUAUAUUGGACAAUUCGGAGACCGUCCAAACGUCAUCCAAGUCCGCGAGGUUGGCAGCUAUCAGAGCAGUCAUUGAACUCUUGCCCCCUAACCACCUAGAUUUCAUCGUUAGAAUGGUCGCUGAAGUUAUCUUAGCCACCAAGGAUGUUAAUGAGAAGUCAAGAGAAGCAGGUUUCGAGACCCUGAUUGCAAUGGGAAAGAAAAUGAAUGAUCCCAACGGUAUUAUUAUGCUUUCUAAAGUCCCAGGCUAUGACGAACAAACCCCAGACCAGCCUUCUAGCAUUUCAGAAUUCUUCAAGAUUAUGGCUGCCGGUUUGAUCGGUGAGUCGCAGCAUAUGGUGAGCAGCACUAUCACGGCAUUUGCUUGUCUAGUGUUUGAGUUUAAAGAUCAACUUGAUAUUGCAGUCCUGUUAGACAUUUAUGAUACCAUCGAACUUUAUUUGACUUCGAACUCAAGAGAGAUCGCCAAAAGCGCGAUUGGGUUUGCCAAAGUAUGCGUUUUAGGUCUUCCUGAUGAACUGAUGAGGCCUAAAGUACCAUCGCUCAUCGUAAAGCUUCUACGUUGGUCCCACGAACACACUGGUCAUUUCAAGGCCAAGGUUAAGCACAUCAUCGAGAGACUGAUCAGGAAAUACGGUUACGAAUUUGUUGAAGCUAAUUUUCCUGAGGAUGACCUCAAGUUAUUAACUAACAUAAGAAAGACGAGGAACAGAAAUAAGAGAAAAGAAGGGGAUGCUGACGAAACCACACGCGCGGCUUCCUCAACAAAGAGCUCAAGAUUCAUGAAUGCCUUUGACGAGGCCAUCUACCAAUCUGAUAGAGAAGAUGAAGGUGAUGAAGAAGCCGACCAAGAUAAAGGAAAAUCUCAGGCCAAGCAAUUCAUUGUUGAAUCAGGCGAAAAUCCACUUGAUUUGCUAGACUCUCAAACGUUAGCUCAUAUUUCUUCUACUCGUCCGAAGAAAUUCACAAAGGACCAAAAGAGGAGAAUGCUGCAAGACGACAUGUUCAACUUUGAUGCUGAAGGAAAACUAAUCAUGAAGGGCACUGGAAAAUCAUCGAAUAAUGAGGAAGAUCCACUCAAAUCAGUAACCAGCGGUAUAAAUGCGUACUUGGAUGCUGUCAAGAAUGGUCCGAUUAGAGGUCAAAAGAAUAGAUUGAAGUUCAAAAAGAGAUCUAGAGCAGGCGCAGAUCAAAGCGACGACGAGGAAGACGUUGUUAAGGACAAACCUAAGAGAGCCAUUGGGAAUAGAAUAGGAAAAAAUACCAAGAAGGGACCAAAAUUCAAAUCUAAGAGAAAACUAUAG